GUCUGGCGGGUUGGUUGCUUGUUGACUUUUGUAGUUGCGAAUCCAAUAUUGUCGUAAUGUAAGACUUGCUUCUAUGCUGACUGCUUCCUUUUGCUUUCCUUAACGGGUGCAAGUAAAUUGCUUGUACUUACUGAGUCGUUGACUCACGUUUCCUUAUGUUCUCUCCAGCCCUCCUCACUCUCCCUUCUACUUGCUCCCCUAAUUCUCAAAGCAUCUUAUAACUAAACACAAGCCUACACACUUUUCAAAAGUCCUUAAGGUUACAUGUCCUCGUGAUUUUACCAUGUUGAUGGUCAAAAUAUAUGUAUAAUCCCUAUUUUUUAUACCUUUUCGAGCUGACCUAAAUGACUACCCUGUCUCUGUGGGAGUGCUAUUGUUUUAAAAGUCUAAAGUUAGGAUUCACAGAGCGUGACUCCGAAUCCGUUGAUAUCUGUAUGUUGCGCCUAAGUAUCUAGCUAAUUCUACAAGUGCGCUAAUAUACGUACAGUUGGUCAAAACAACACAUUAAAUAGUUUCUAGUAAAGCUGUGUUUAAGUUAUUCAGUGAAAGUGCUAUCCGGAUAAUCGCACAUGCAACCAAAGUAGUCUUGUCCAUUGGUAAAUACAAACGUUCCGAAAAUACGCCAAUUGCCGUACAUUCCAAACCAUCACCCAUUGCAACAUUGUGUCGUGUUUCAUUGAUUAUCAACCUAUUGCAUACUACAGUAAUGUAUUCGGCCAAUAUAUUUCUGCAGCUUGCUGCGGAAGCAGUUUUACUGUAAUAGAAGCACGUCAUGUGGCGGCUCAUAAUGGUGUGGUGUUUCAACCUUAUUAGCCACUUUGACAGUCAAGCAAUGUCAGCCAAGGUCUUAAGAGGAAUACUGGAAAUUCCGUCUCACUCCUCGUGCUUCCAUGUUUUAAAAUGAUACCUUAUGAUUAAAAAUGUAGCAGUACACUACUACACAACUGUGACAACUGCUGAGUGGGGGAGACGUAAGUUUCAUUAAUUUAAGAACGCGACUCUAAACCAAUAAAAUUUGUCUAGCCUUACUCUGGGAACCCAUACAUCUUAGGUCAAAACAUUUUCCAUGAUUAAGCUCAAAGUUGUAUGAUAUACUCUUUGAGUAAGGUUUUACAGCGUUAGAUUGAUUAAAGCUGCAUGGGUUAAGUAUUUUUCUACUCUCAAAUCUAUAUUAGUCAUAUUCACCUUAAUUUAAUAAUUUGUAUAUUAUGUAGAUGGAUCCAGCUCAAGAACCCAACUCAGGGACACAUGCAAAUAAUGUCCAGGGAGCACUUCGGCAGCUUGAUUUGUUGGUCGAAAAGGCAGAGCACUAUGCUCAGGUGAAACUUAUUGGUUCUGGAACAAAAGAUUUGUCUAGUCCAUCAAGAAUCAAACAAGAGCAGCCUAUUAGUUCUCCUACUUCUCAUUCUUUUGGAGACCAUCGACAUCGUCGUACUGAAAAGGAAGAAGAUGAAGAACUGUUGACCGAAACUAAGCAUAGUUCAUCUGGUAUUCAGCGUUUCGAAGCUUCUCCGUGGUAUGUAAAGGGAGGAGAGAUGCGUGACUAUCAAAUCCGAGGUCUAAAUUGGAUGAUUCAGCUCCAUCAUAAUAAUAUAAAUGGGAUUUUAGCGGAUGAGAUGGGAUUAGGGAAAACUUUACAAACAAUAUCAUUACUUGGUUAUAUAAAACACUGUCGACACAAACAUGGGCCACAUAUGGUGAUUGUGCCUAAAUCUACACUUUCUAACUGGAUGAAUGAAUUUGCUCGUUGGGUUCCUUCUUUGCGCACAGUUUCAUUAAUUGGAAACCAGGAUGAAAGGAGUCAUAAAAUACAAGAGGAGAUCUUGAAAAAGGAAUGGGAUGUUAUUGUCACAAGUUAUGAAAUGUGUAUUAAAGAGAAGUCGGUUCUGAAAAAAUUUCACUAUAUAUAUUUGAUAAUCGAUGAAGCCCACCGGAUUAAAAAUGAGAAGUCGAAAUUAUCAGAAAUCGUUCGGGAUUUUCGCUCUCAAAACCGUCUCUUGAUUACCGGUACACCUUUGCAAAAUAAUUUACAUGAAUUAUGGGCUUUAUUAAAUUUCCUAAUGCCGGAUUUAUUUUCUUCAUCUGAAAUGUUUGAUGAUAUGUUCAAAACAAAUAAUGAUCACGAAGAGAGUUUAGUUCAACGUCUACAUGCAGUUCUAAAACCAUUUUUGUUAAGACGAAUUAAAGCUGAUGUGGAGAAACGUUUACCACCAAAAAAGGAGUGCAAGAUUUAUAUUGGCCUUAGUAAAAUGCAACGUGACUUGUACACCAAGAUUUUAAUGAAAGAUAUUGAUGUGGUGAACUCUGUAGGGAAUAAAGUGGAUCGUCUUCGUCUGCUAAAUAUUCUCAUGCAACUUCGUAAAUGCUGUAAUCAUCCUUACUUAUUCGAUGGGCUAGAACCAGGCCCUCCGUUUACAACAGACCAUCAUCUUGUUGAUAAUUGUGGAAAGCUGAUGUUACUGGAUAAACUGCUACCGAAACUCAAACAACAAGGAUCAAGAGUCCUUUUAUUUUGUCAAAUGACGCGAAUGAUGGACAUCCUUGAAGAUUAUUGUUUGUGGCGCGGCCAUGAGUACUUUAGACUAGACGGAUCCACACCCCAUGAAGAACGCCAGAUUUCAAUUGAUGAAUACAAUCGUCCAGGUUCUACCAAAUUUCUUUUUAUGCUUUCUACAAGAGCUGGUGGUUUGGGUAUCAAUUUGGCCACAGCCGACGUAGUUAUCAUCUAUGACUCAGACUGGAAUCCUCAAGUUGACCUUCAGGCCAUGGAUCGAGCACAUCGUAUCGGACAAACCAAAGCUGUACGCGUUUUUCGAUUAAUUACAGAACAUACAGUUGAAGAGCGUAUUAUUAUGCGUGCUGAGAUGAAGCUCAAAUUGGAUAACUUGGUUAUUCAACAAGGUCGUCUUGUUGAACAAAAAUCAAACCAACUUCAGAAGGGUGAUGUUUUAGAUAUGAUCAGACAUGGUGCCAAUUACAUUUUCCGUAGCAAAGAUAGUGAUUUCAAAGAUGAGGAUAUUGAUAUUAUCCUAGCUCGAGGUGAACAAAAGACUGCUGAAAUGAAUGAAAAACUGGCUCAAUUGGGAGAAUCUAAUUUAAGAUCUUUAAAAUUCGAUACGGCAGAUGAAAACGGUGCACCAACAUCAGCAUAUAUAUUCGAGGGAGAAGAUUAUCGAGAAAAACAAAGUCGCACUUCCCUAUUAGAUGGUUGGAUAGAACCUCCGAAACGUGAACGCAAAGCAAAUUAUGCAGUAGACGCAUACUUUCGUGAAGCGCUUCGUGUCUCUGAACCUAAAGCACCGAAACCACCUCGACCACCGAAGCAACCGAAUGUGCAAGAUUUCCAGUUUUUUCCCCCCAGACUUUUUGAGCUUUUAGAUAAGGAAAUAUAUGCAUUCAGAAAGAGUAUUAAUUAUAAAGUUCCUCGUAACCCAGAUGCUGGACCAGAUGGUGAGCGUGAUCGUCUGGAAGAACAAGCUAGAAUAGAUGAAGCUGAACCAUUAACUGAAGAGGAACUGGUCGAGAAGGAAGAGCUUUUAACACAGGGUUUCACAAACUGGUCGAAACGUGAUUUUCAACAAUUUAUCAAAGCCAACGAAAAACACGGUCGUGACGAUUUAGAAGCAAUUUCAGUAGAUGUAGAAGGUAAAACUCCAGAUGAGGUUAAACGGUAUGCCCGUGUUUUUUGGACAAGAUGUAACGAGUUACAAGAUGUCGACAAGCAUAUGGCUCAGAUUGAGCGUGGUGAAGCGAAAAUCCAAAGAAGAGCUGCCGUAAAACGUUCUCUUGAUCUAAAGAUGGCUCGAUAUCGAGCACCGUUUCACCAACUUCGAAUACAAUAUGGAACAAAUAAAGGGAAGAACUAUGUCGAGGAGGAAGAUCGCUUCUUAAUCUGCAUGCUUCACAAACUUGGUUUCGAUCGUGACAAUGUAUAUGAUGACUUACGUCUUGCAGUUCGCUUAGCCCCACAGUUUCGAUUUGAUUGGUUUUUGCGAUCUCGCACAGCAAUGGAGCUACAAAGACGUUGCAGUACUCUUAUUACUUUGAUCGAGAGAGAAAUAUGUGACUUGGAAGACCGAACAAAACAGCGCAGUGGAGUAGGCGCGAAUAAUUUACCACUCACUCCUGCAAAUUCCGGACCAUCUAACACAUCCACAGUAUCCAACCAAAAGCGGAAGUCAACUUCAGCUGGUGGGAUUGGCUCUGAUUCAACUGCAGAAAUGUCCGGAAACUCAAAGAAAAAGAAGGUCACUGCUUAAAUAACAGUGAUUUGUAAAUGUCUGUCUUAUAUUCUUGUUGUAGGCCUCUUGCAUUUUAUUUUAUGUACUCGCUUCCCUUGAUUUCAUACUGGUGUAUUGUUUAUCAAAUCUUACAUUAAUAAAGAUUUGUAAUUAAAUUUACUUGCCAAAUAUUUCAGUGUAUACCAAAGCAUUAACUCGAUUCUACUAAAUAGUCUUAUACAUUUAAAUUCACAUAAUUAAUAAUCUACCUAAUGAAAACAAUUAAUGACAGAGAAUUCACUCAUUUGAUCAAAAACUCAAAAUAUAACUUUCUCAUAUCGAAUAUAUUUAAGAAAGUGAUUGUUAACAAUAGAAUUGACUUGAU